GUUAGCCAUUUUGUCUCGAGAACCGUUUCGUGGAGUAGAAGGAGGUUGGAUGUUUAGGUUUUCACAUUUACUUAUUUAUUUCACAAUAUUGAGAUUUUUUUGGUCCUUAUCUGUGGAAAAGACGUAUAAGUGCGUUAAGUAAAAGGGGCGAGUGAAAGCAGGGUGUGUCGGGGGUUUGUAGAGACGGGUGUCCUGCUGGAAGCAGCUGCCUGAGGGAGGGGAUGGAAUACGAGAGACGCAGUCUCUCUCUGACUAGAGGCGGCCGGGGAGACCGCAUGGGGCGCUACGGCAGCGAGGCUCCAGAUCACGAUUACCGAGACAUGGACUACCGGAACUAUGGGCACGAUGAAAUGCACCGGGACUACGAGGACUUCGAGAGAGAAGAGCGAAGCUUCAGAAGGGAGAAGAGGGGGAGAGAAUUCGGCAACGCACUUGCAGGCACAGCGUUCGGCAGGGAAGGCCGCGCUUUCCGGCGUUUUGCCCGGGAGGAUGAGCACCUAAACGAUUAUGACUCAUACGCAAGAGAGGACUGUGCCCGGGAGUUUGGCGCGUUCGAGAGGGAGGACCGGUUGCUGGAGUAUGAUGCCAGGCUCAGGGGCCUGCGGCCGUUCGGCAGAGCUGGGGACCCCAUCCCCACUCCUGGGAAGUACAGAGACGAGGAGGGGUAUGGGACUGUCCCAGAGUUCAGGGAGAAGUACAGCUCGUUUGGGAGAGGAGAGGAGCUGGGCAGCCGCGGCGGUGGUCGAAACAGCGCCCCCCCAGUCCAGGAGGACUACAGCACACUGCAGAGGGAUGCCAAUGCUGGAGAGCAGGUCGGGGAUUACAGUGGUUCUGAUAAACCUGAGGAGUACCCAGAGGCUGGGCUCCCCGCAGUGGAGGCAGGGGGCUGCGUUGUCGAGGGUUACCACAGUAAGCAUGUAGUGAACGAUGACUCUUCGAGUUUCUCUGUGGACGGGGAUUACCGGGACCAGGAUUACCGGGCGGAGCCGGGGGAGGAGAAGGCCAGUAACAUCGUCAUGCUGAGGAUGCUGCCUCCCAACGCCACUGUCAGUGAGAUCCGCUCCCAGUUACAAGAGCAGGGUAUUCAACCCCGGGAGGUGCGGCUAAUGAGGAACAAGUCUUCAGGUCAGAGCCGAGGAUUCGCCUUCGUCGAGUUUAAUCACUUGCAGGAUGCUGCGCGAUGGAUGGAGAGCAAUCAGAGGACCCUGACUAUCCUAGGCCAGCGAGUUUCUAUGUACUACAGCGAUCCCAAACCCAAGGCUAAUGAGGACUGGCUCUGCUUCAAGUGCGUUGUACAGAAUUUCAAACGACGGGAGAAAUGUUUUAAAUGCGGAGUCCCAAAGUCUGAAGCAGAGCUGAAGCCCCAGAACCGCAAGGAUGUGCCCCUGGGGCAUCUGAAGGAGCAGGCGCAGGGCCUCUUACCACUGCCCACCAUCUACAGCCAGGCUGCCAGUCUGCCACUGGGGGUGCCACCCCAGAGUGGAGAGGCUGCCAAUGACACUCUGAUUCUGCGGAACCUGGGCCCCCACACCUCUCUGGAGGCAAUCCUGGCAGCUUUGGCCCCCUUCGCCAACCUCUCUCCCUCCAAUGUGCGUCUCAUCAAGGACAAGCAGACCCAGCUGAACCGCGGCUUCGCCUUCCUGCAGCUCACCACCAUCGUGGAGGCAUCUCAGCUCUUGCAGAUUCUGCAGGCUCUCCAACCUCCCCUAAACAUUGAUGGGAAAAUCGUCGCUGUGGAGUUUGCCAAGGGGUCCAAACGGGAUGUGUUCCUUACAGAUGGUAGUCGGGUCAGUGCUGCCACAGUUGCCAGCACUGCCAUCGCCGCAGCUCAGUGGGCUGUUACCCAGACUGUGCAGAGCUCGGAGGCCGUGUCUCAGCAGGGCGAUUACAGCCUGUACCAGCAGCCAGGUGUACUGUACGCAGAUGCGCAGGAGUACCAGCAAGGCUACGAUGGGCAGAGCAUGCCUCCCACAGUCACCACAGCCGGCAACACAGGGGCAGGGCUCAUGGGGGCAUACCUGCCAUCCACCAUAGUAGCUGAUCCAGCUGUAUCAUUGGAGCCUGAAGCACCAGGAGUGGAGACAGUCCAGUUACCCCAGACAACAACAUCCCAGCAGCAUGUCACCACUACAACCAGCAUUCAGACAGCACAGGCUGUACUGUACUCCCAGGCACCGACUGCCCACAAAGCUGAAAUUGUGGGCAAGCCACAGCCAGCCACGACGAGCCAGCUUGCCACCCCCGGCACAGCACUAGAGUGCCAGCAAUACCCUGUACCUGAUGUGUCUACGUACCAGUACGACGAGGCAUCUGGUUACUACUACGACCCCCAAACCGGGCUUUACUACGACCCCAACUCGCAGUAUUACUACAAUACCCAGAGCCAGCAGUACAUGUACUGGGAUGGAGAGAGGCGUACCUACAUCCCUGCAGCGCAGAGGAGCAGCGACCAGCAGGGAAGCUCUGCACAGACCAACAGCAGCAAAGAGAAGAGGGAGAAGCCCAAGAACAAGACUGCCCAGCAGAUUGCAAAGGACAUGGAGCGCUGGGCAAAGAGCCUGAACAAGCAGAAGGAGAAUUUCAGAACAAGCUUCACUCCCCUGAACUCGCGAGAGGAUGAGAGGAGAGAGUCGGCGAGUGCUGAUGCCGGCUACGCCAUCCUGGAGAAGAAGGGGACUCUGGCAGAGAGACCGCAGACCUUGAUGGACCAACUGAGAAGAAGUGAGGAGAGGGGGAAGGCCAGCCCACCCCAAGGCCUGGUGGCUGCGUACAGCGGGGAGAGUGACAGCGACGACGAGACGGAGAGGAGCGAGGACCGGGAGGAGAGGCUCACCGACUGGAACAAGAUGGCCUGCCUGCUGUGCAGGAGGCAGUUCCCCAGCAAGGAGGCCCUGCUGAGACACCAGCAGCUCUCAGAGCUGCACAAGCAAAACCUGGAGCAGCGUCGCUCUGGCCUGCCUGACCUGGAGGGAGUGGAGAGGGGAGACAUGGAGCUGCGUUACAGAGACAGAGCGGCGGAGAGGAGGGAGAAGAGCGGAAUGCCAGAGCCACCAGAAACCAAGAAGAGGAAAUACACAGCCCUUGACGGGGUUGCGGGUGACAGCCUGGGUGCUCGGAUGCUACAGGGCGGGGUGAAGAGAGGUCUGCUGUCCCGUUACAGUGAGUUGGACUGAGGAACAGGGACCAGGAUGGGACACCCCUCCAAGAUGGACUGUUUUUAACACUUUUGUACAGGAUUGGAAUCAGAUUUUUUUUUUUUCUUUUUUCAUGUUAUGAAACAGUUGUUUCCCUAGAAAUGUGAACUGGACUGCCUUUGGCCUGAGCAGGGUCCCUGAAUUUCUGAGGGGGGUAACCCUGGGGUAUGGAUGAGUGCAGCAUGGCUUCUGACAAUAAAACAAGAACAUGUUUCUAA